AUGAGCUCGUUUACUGAAGAAGAACGGGCGAAUUUUCUCGCGGAUUUUGAAAGAAAAUAUGAAGAGACAGACGAAACUAUCGACGAAAAGAUUAAAAAUGUCGUCAGAUGGAUGGGCGAGUCUCAUUCCGCGGAAGAAAACCUAAAAGACAACGACGAGGAAGCCGAGCACGUCUUUGCCAAAAUCCACCGAACCCGAAAUUCCCAAAUCUCCGUUUCCGCCGUCUGCGGCUGUGGCAAAACUGUAGAAGGAAAACGAUGCUUUGAAAAGUGCCACUAUUCGAAUUCAAAUGAAAGAAAACUUCGUGGCUUGUUGGGAAAUGCGAGGGAAUGGCUCAAAGAAAAGAUCUCUUUCAAUCAAGCACAAGCUUCAGAAGCAGUUAGUUCCUUGCGAUUCGAGUUGGAGCUGAAAGAAAACGAAGAAAAUCAAGUUUUUUGGAAAAAGAUCAACUCGAUCGUCAGAAACAGCGAAAAGCUCCAGGCGAUUGGCCUGUCAGAGCAGUUGAAGUCCUGGUUUGUGAGAUUAGUGCUAGCUCAGCGUUCGCAUUUCUCGUUGCAGGAUGAGUCGCAGAUUUUAUUUAUUCUGACGAAAUUGCCAGAUGGUUGGGUGACAUCCUGGGCGGCGAAAUUGGCCAUGGUUCGACUUCCCAUAGAGCCAGAUCCUGGCCUUAUCCAGCACUACCUCUUCCUCGUUGAACUGGUUCUUUGCUGCUUCAAAACUGAGCGGUCCCUCUCCUCAACCCCUAUUCAAGAGAACAAGGAAGAAGAAGAGAACUCUCCGGAAGAACAGCUUCGCAACCAAAACUCGACUUCAGCCACUCCCUCCGUCGGUUCCAAUUCUUCGGAGACCUUUUCAGUCCUCGAAGACGAGGAAAUCCUCGGCGGUCCUUUCGACCCCGAAUCGCCACCAAAAGACCCCGCCGAGCCGAUUACGAAACCGAGUCUCGGGCCAAGCGAUUUGAUCGAACUCACGAGGCAAUUACGGCUAUCAGAAGCGAUAGAACUCGAUGUCAUCGAUUCCAACGCAUUGAUUGAUAUUUUCUGCCGAUCGCUGGAAAUUUACUCCGCUUCUUCUGCUUAUUCACAGUACUGCUCUGUGAUUUGCUCGUAUUUGGAAUGCGUCUUUGUUCCUUUUUCCGAACGCGAAGAUGGAGUCGCGACGAAUGAAGAUUUCAACCGAGCAGAAGCGCAGCUCGCGAAUCUUCAUCAAACCGAACUUUCCAAUUACAUCCGCGCCGCGAGCUGCUUUCUAAGAAAGAUCGACUACCACGACGAAGAAAUUCCAGAUGAAAUGGUCGCCCUGGUUUCUCCGUUGAUCUCAGUCAUGGUUAGGGUUUCUUUCGUUCUUUCUGCCACGAAACAGGAUUUGCUCGACAUUCGGCAGGACAUUUUUGGAAUGCUGAUUGAUCAUCACCCGCCGAUUUUAAGCCUGUUGAUCAUCUUUUUCUGCGAUUCGAUUGAAGAAAUCGGGUUGGCAGGAAUCUCAUUCUUCGAAAAUCUCCCAUCGGAAGACUGGAUUCCUGGAUCAAAUGAUAUUUCUAUCAUCAAGGACUUGAUUUCUAACAAUCCAUACGACUCGCCAAGGUCCAAACUAGGCCAAGUACUGCUCAAAUGUAUCAACUUUGGCUACUCAGAUGGCGAAACUAACAUCGAUCUGGCAACUCAUCAUGCGAUUGCGAAUAUUUGCGUGACGGAGAGUCUGAAAAUUUCCGAAACAAAUCACAAAAGAAAGCUGCUUUCCAGGACGCAGGAAACGCUUGGUUUGGCAAAGCUGAAACUUCAGUAUCUAACACUCAUGAAUUCAACGAUUUCAAAACUGUUGUUGAAUAAAUAUCUCCGCGAUGAUUUCAAGGAGUUCAAUCAGAACGAAGCGGUGGCAGUGGAGUCGUCGAGAAAUCCUCUUUUAGGGAGCGCAGCGGUAAAAUCUAGUGAAGAUCUUGCUUCUGCGUACAUUUUGUGCAUUUCCAAUGGAGAAAAUGAUCUAAACAACAUUAUUUCCUGCGGUAAUCGCUGCAUAGAAAAGCCAGAAUCUGGUAUUCUUGGCCUUCGUCUGUUGGAAAUCGCCCUCAAAAUGGUCUAUUCAAUGGAGAAUUCUUCUCUCCAAGAGCAUCAGGCGAAUUUAUCUUCAUUUAUUCUCAAAACGAUGGAGUACUCAGCUGACCAAUGUCAAGCUCUAGUUUCUCAUUUGAUCAUGACAUUCGAUGGAUUCUCCGCUUUCCUCAUUCAAGUUCUAUUCUCCAGCCCUUCAAACAUCGAAAGCACGGGAGCGAUUGGCAUUCUCGAUACGAUUCUCAAGUAUCACCUUUCCUACCCAGCCAACAAUUCAGCGGAGAAAGUUCGUUGCUCCAUCCGAAAAAGUCUGAAAGAAUACGUUUCUCCUCCGCUCAAUUCUCCUACGUCGCCAAAAACGAAAUGGCAGUCAUUUGCUUCAGCGUUUUCUCGAGUUGGCUUCACACAAAACGACCUCGACAUCAAAAUUCCAAAAAAUUCAUCUACCGUUGUCAAGCUCGAAGUUUUCCAGCAACUGGAGAAUCUUUUCCGAGACCCAUCGCUGGGCCAUCUUCCUCUUUCACACGCGAUUCGAGAAGAGCUCCUUGAAAACCCUUCGAAAUCGAUCGAAGAAAUCAGUCAAGACAUAUUCAAUCGCUUCAAAAUUCAAGCUCCACUUUCAUCCCUUCCAAUUUAUCUCAUCGGAGAGCUGCUUCUUUCAACCCCCUUCAAUGAUCCAUAUCUGCCGAGUUUAGUCUUCUCGUUUUUGGUCCUCUAUCUUCAGGAAAUACAAGAAACGGCAAUUGGCCACCGCUAUUUCGACGUUCAUCCUUUUGUUGAGAUGAUCUCAAAUCUGCGAAAAAGACUUGUGGAAGCAUCAGAGUUUCAUACUGACUCUGUUUCCCAGGGACCCCAAGUCGUUGGUGUUUCCUCGGGACAAACGUCCCUCGCUUCGCUUUUGUGGACAGCAGCACUUUGGCUAGAAGAACCACGAGUUCACGAUGCCAGAUCUGAGCUAGUCUAUCUACCGCCCCAAUACGGCCCAGAUUUGCUGAUGAAAAUCCGCUCUGGCGACAACUCCGAUUGGAAACCAUUGAUUGAAGCGGUCAACUACCAGCAGAAAUUAAUCGCGUCAGCCAAACAGUGGGUAUCACUAUUCUCAUUACCCACGAGAACUUUGGACUUUUGCUAUUUGACAAAAACUCGACGACCAAUUCUGCUAGAAUCGCCUCAAAACAAUCAUCUGGUCGAAGGCUUGACUGGAGCUGAUGAGAAUUUUCCAACGAAGGAGAUGCUUUUGGCGGCGGAUAUUCCAGCAAUUUGCAGACCGCUCAUUUCAGAAGUCAUCCUUGCUGCCGACUGGCAAACUUCAUCGCUUGCAGAGCUAACGCAACUGGACAUCAAUUAUUUGGAAGUUUUGCCGGAUUUGUACCAGAACGUCUCCCACGUCAUCGAAAUCACUGCUUCUUGUGGAACCGGCUUCCGAGGCCACUCUUGCCAGGCACCAGCUCGCGUUCCCGUAGAAAUUCAGCUGCGAACGAAGAUCCCCGAGGUCUUCAACACUCUCAGCUCGAAUAGAAAUCGGUAUCAAGAAAUUCGCACAAACUGGAGCAAUCCGCAAAGAUGGGUUAACCUUGGCCACGUCGCUUACACGCUUAACAGAAUGUGCGAGAUUCUUGCGGAUGCGUAUGAAAAUGCCAUUCUGGAGACGGAUAAAGAACAGGCAAGGAAGCAAGGGGAAGCGCUUUUCUUUAGCAUCGUUACAGCUGUUACGCCGAGUGUUACAGCAUUCGCUCCUUGCUCAAGAAUCGUCGUCGAUCUAGUUGAAAAGCUAGCGGGAAUGUUUUGCUCUGAAACGGCGAGUUUUCAACACCUUGAUGUCAGCAUCCGCUAUCCAACUCUAGCCCCAAUUCUAGCGCCUUAUUUUCACCCCAACGCGCAGCAAGACGAUUUCGGCGAAAUGUACACCCUCGUCAUGCAGCGAUUGAACCGAGGCCACACGAGUUUUGCUUUUUCGCUGCUUUCCAAGUUCAAUAUUUCUGAAUACGCUGCUCGAUGCGACGAAAAUCAAGUUGCGGAUUUGAUUUCUACACUCAAAUCUGGCCUCUUCUCCCUCGCUGGGGAUACUGAAGGAGAGACUAAUGUGGACUUCGAUACCCCACAUAGUGAUGAGAGUAGAGAACUGGUCAAGGAUAUUUUAACGAGGCAUGCUUGCGAUGUGCUCUUGACGAAUCCGAAUAUUUCUGCAGAAACAAUUCUUCAGACAUUUCUGCACGUGACGACGCAAGGAGAUGGUUUUGAUAACGCCUGGGUUCGAAUUUGCACCACUCUUUAUAAAUUCGAGUCUGGAAUGAUCAGAAGCGACGUAAUUGACGAUGUCAUAAAGCUAAUCUUCGGCCAUUUUGCCAACACCCGUCACGAAGAAGACUUUUUCAGCUCAGGUCCUUGGCCAGCUGUCUUGCCAACAAUCGCCCAGAUUUUAUUGACGCUAAUGGAUCUUCUGCUGGUUGGAGAUUCAGAAAGCGCGAUUCAGGAACACUUGGAAUUGACAUUCAUGGCUAUCGAGCCUUUUUUGAAACCAAAAGAAGACGGGAAACACUUUUUAUGGCCAAUUGCUGACCAAACUAAAGACUUUUGGGAUCUGCUCAUGACUCAGUACAUCAAAUGCGCUUCUAUUUCGGAACUCUUCGCGCAGAGGCACUUUUUGCUGAACUUAUUGGAUAUGAUUACAUUCAAAGAAAUGGAUCUCAAUUAUGUUCACAAUCUGACCAAUAUUCUGGAGAAAUUUUCUUUCGCUGAACUUGUCCCUACAUCAGAAGUCGUCGAAAAACUCUCAUCAGCACUAGCUUUAGACAACACACACUUGUCUUAUCUCGUCAGCUUGAUUUCCGCCGGCAUAAACUGGGCAGCGUUCUUCUACUCGGACGACGAUGACAGUCAAACGAUGGCAUUUCUGUUCAAAAUUUUGCUUGAGCUCGUCAGCGAUCGAUUCCCCCUCCACAAGCUGCAGAUCAUCAAUCCACUUCUUCUUUCCUGGCCUGAGCUUCCUUGGGAGAAGCUGACGAAUGACUUUUUGAAGCAUAACUUUCCGGAUUUGCCGAGCAAGAUCGGUUUGGAAUCAUUUGUCCACCCAACAAGCUGUCAUCAGAAAGCGCUUUUACUCAUUCGCGAAGUUUUUCUCAACGGAGAAGGGAAUUCAACUGAAGAGGACCAGGAAAGGAGACGUAUCUGGCUUGGAACUGUAGCAAGAUGCGUGAAAAGAAGUGGUAUCUCGAAAAAGGAUGACUCUGUGCUCACCCGAAUCCCACAGUAUCUCACUGAUCAGCUUCAGUGGGCCAUAACUGGUAUUCCGCUAAAUGAGAUGGACGAGCUAGCAAAUUCGAACGUAUGGGGCGAACUUGUGCACAUCAUAAACUACGACAAUUCCCUGGUGGAAUAUUUCGUUCAAGCAAUAAGAAUGGAAACCGACCUCUUGAAACUGCGACUUUACAUAACUACCUCGAAUCGAAUCGUGAAGGAUCCAGCUUGUCAAAUGAUGCUCAUGGAGAGUGCCAUUCACAAAGCCAUGACAUUAGGACAUGGGCUGGCACUUCUACAAGGGACUCUUUGCACUCUACCUUUUCAUGGACGCGAUGAGCUGCGAACAACACUUUGUUUGACUGAAAGUUUCCUAACGCCACUGAUACUUCUUCAAGAGCAGCUUCGACCAAACCUCCCCGUCUCGACUAAAGUCAAGCUCAUUUCUCAGAACGCAUUCUACGUGAAAGAUGCGAAGCCACGAAAGCCUUCAGAAUGGAAGCUCGCUUGUUUUCUUUAUCAAAUCGUUCGAUUGACUCUUUCGCUUUGGACCACUGACAAGGAAGAUGGAAACCUUCAAGUCUUCGUCCACAACGACUUGCUCAAUCUUCUCGGUAGCUUCUUUUAUGCGGACACUGGAUCCGUUCUUCUGAAUAUGAUUGGCCUAUCGAGCGCGUCUGAGCCUUCAAUCGAGUUCCAGCUGUUCGUGAAAGCGCUCCAGGAACUCGUCAGUAACUACUGCAAGGGUCUCAAUCGAGAGAAUCUUCAAGAGUUUGCCCUUCUUGGAAUUCAAUCGACCAAGUUCUGCCAACACGAAGAUUUCGUCAGUCAACUGUGUGAUCUUAUUGAAAGACCAUCUGUUGAAAACACAGACGAGAUAACUCGCUGUUGGGCCCGCCUCACCGACCAUCAUCUGGCGUCAUUUUACCUUGAUAAUCCUUGA